AAAACCCCUUCCAAAGAUUCAGGAGAGUGAAUUUCCGAAGGCAAAUCAGACUUUUUAGAGAGAAAAAAUCGUCUCUUUACAUAAGGAAGCGAAAAAAGGAAGGGCGCCGUUUGGACGCAGAGAGACAAAAUGAGGCUUUUCUUGGAGGUGGGUUGAAGACGAGAGGAAGAAAUAAAUUGGGUUUUUUCGGGAAACCAAAAUAUAGUGGAAAAAUGAAAGGCCUUUUGGGAGGAGGGAGAAUUUGCGAGGAAUUCUCACCUGGGUAUUACGGGAUUUGCACAGUUGGAGGAUUACUCAGUGCUGGAACCACCCAUCUCGCCAUCACUCCCCUCGAUGUUGUCAAAGUUAAUAUGCAGGUUAAUCCUGUUAAAUAUCAUAGCAUUUCUACAUGUUUUGCCACUAUAUUGAGGGAACAAGGCCCUUCUGCCUUUUGGAGAGGUAGGGGUGGAAAGUUCUUUGGGUACGGCCUUCAGGGAGCCUGCAGAUUUGGCCUAUAUGAAUACUUCAAGAAGUUUUACUCUAAUCUCCUGGUAGAUCAAAACAGGAGUUCCAUAUUUUUUCUCAGUAGUGCAUCUGCAGAAGUGAUUGCCAAUGUGGUUCUAUGUCCUUUUGAGGCUGUCAAAGUCCGUGUUCAAGCACAGCCCCGUUUUGCAAGAGGCUUGAUUGAUGGCUUUCCAAAACUAUACGCAGCAGAAGGUCUUUUUGGAUUUUACCGGGGCUUAGUUCCACUUUUGGGUCGUAACCUUCCAUUCUCUAUGGUUAUGUUCUCAACGUUUGAGCAUUCUGUAAAUUUUCUUUAUCACAAUGUGAUUCAAAGAAGGAAGGAGGAGUGCUCAAAAGCUCAACAGCUUGGAGUGACUUGUAUAGCUGGAUAUGCUGCUGGAUCUGUCGGUAGCAUUAUUUCUAAUCCUGCAGACAAUAUCGUCGCCUCUCUUUUUAACAGGAAAGCUAGUAGCCUCAAGCUGGCUGUGAAGAAAAUUGGGCUUAUCAAUCUGUUUACUAGAAGUCUCCCCAUUAGAAUAAUGCUUGUUGGACCCGCAGUGACAUUGCAAUGGUUCUUCUAUGAUACCAUUAAGGUGUUAAGUGGAUUGCCAACGAGUGGAGAAGUUCGCACUGAUGUAGAAGAAACUAAAACAUCCUGAGUUUUUAAAAAUUGAAUAGAGUUACAUUACUGUAUGUUUCUCCUCUUCUUGUUUAUUUUUCGCUAACUAUUUUGAGCAACAAUAAAAGGGUGACUAAUCUGGGAAACAAAAGAAGAUUAGCAAUUACUUUGGGAGAGGGAAGAUAUAUGAUAACUCCGCACUGUCGGACCAUUGAGGUUUCCGAUUCACUGCUAAUUUUGUGCAACAGCUAGCAUUUUGUUCGGUAGUGUCUUACAACUCGGGAUUUUCAUGAGCAAUCUAUUACAAGAGCAAGUUGUACUCAGAUAACGUUUCUGAGGCUGUUUAAUGAACUUCAGGCAUUGUUAAUGACAACUUCUUGAUGUUCCAUGGAAA